CUACACAGCCUUACCCUCGCACAAACCAAACAUAUUUGUCGUUGUCCUUUCCCCAGAUACAACAUCAGGAACUUGGCGCCCUAAAAAUCUGCUGUCGGCUUUAGUGAGGAGGUGAACACCAGAACAACGCUAUGAAACCGCACUCAGCUUGGAGUUUCUCAAAGACUCCUGUCAAGUUCAAGAUCCCGACGGCUGACAAUCUUGUUCCAAUCCGUCUGGACAUUGAAAUCGACGGCCAGCGACUCAGAGACGCUUUUAUUUGGAAUCCGUCCGAUCCUGACACAGAGGUAGGGUUAUUUGCAAAAAGAACUGUAAAAGACCUGAAGCUUCCCCCAGCGUUCGUCACACAGAUUGCACAGUCCAUUCAAUCACAAUUGGGGGAGUUUCGAUCAUACGAAGGACAAGAUAUGUACACUGGAGAAAAAGUUGUUCCUAUAAAGCUUGAUCUUCGAGUUAAUCACACUCUGGUAAAGGACCAUUUUCUGUGGGAUUUGAAUAAUUUUGAGAGUGACCCUGAAGAAUUCGCAAGGACUCUUUGUAAAGAUUUGGGAAUUGAAGACCCAGAAGUUGGACCUGCUAUUGCCAUUUCAAUCAGAGAACAACUCUAUGAAGUUUCUGUUCAAAGUGUUGCAUCAGCAAGGGAAAGCAAAAUGCAUAAGAAGGGACGCAGAGGAUUUGAACAUUUUUCUGCCAGCAAGACAGGUGUAACUGGAGUGGACUUGGUGAAGUUGUUUGGCAAUAAGAACAGCGUAGUUCGCAAAAGGAGGGAUUGGGAUGUGUAUGAACCUAUCGUUGAUCUCCUGUCGAUUGAGGAAGUGGAUGCCCUUGAGACCAAAGAAGAACGAAUUGCUCGCUAAUCUGAUAAGGAAAAGAAAAAGAUCAACAGAGUUCACGUGAGUUUUUCUACAAAGCAAAUAUGCUUCAAAUUCUACAAUUGUGCAUUUCUAGGAUUUGGCUUCAAAAAAAUCUUAUUCGAAAUUAAAUUUGGACUGUAGAAACUAGAAAGGGAAGGGGUUAAUCAAGUUGUGUGGAAUUACACUGUAGGAGUGGGUUCCCUUUGAGUGGAUUCAUUUUACCCCAAAAAAAUGGACACGAGUCCACUCCAGUUUGGUUUUCUCUGGUUCAUUUUGAAUGUUCUUUAUUCAGAUGUUUAAAGAGCCCACAACUUUCUCUUUGUCAAAAUCUGUGAGUAAAUAUUAGUACUAUUU